AUGAGGGUGUCUCAAAUCUUAUGCCUUAUCCUCUUCUCCAUAACACACGUUGGGUCUAGAACCAGCAACGGCCAUCAAGAUGGGACGAUUCACCCGAACACGUACCCGGCAUGCAUAUCCUACGAGACUGCUUUGAAUAAGCUCUACAAUUGUAAUUACUUUGAGAGCUACUGGGGAUUAUCCCACGACGAUUUUGUCAAAUGGAACCCUUCAGUCAAACCCGAUUGCAGUGGUAUUAAAAUUGGCCACUCGUACUGUGUUAAGGUCAGCCAUGACCAAUCAGUCUCUACGUCUAUCUCCAUCUCGGUCACUGCAACACCAACUCCCCCGCCUUCGACUUUACAGAAGGGGCUCGUAGCAAACCAUACCACAAUAACGGUUUCGGCGCCUCCUAGUCCAACCCUCACGCAGGCGGGCAUCAUGAAGGAUUGCAAUACUUAUCAUCGGGCAGAAGCUGGCGAUACCUGUUCCAAAAUUAUAUCCAAGUAUAAGAUAUCGGACCCGGCCCAAUUCAUGAAGUGGAAUCCAGCCGUAGGAGCCAGCUGCUCCGGGCUAAGCGCAGGUUACUACUACUGUGUUGGAAUCAAAGACACGUCUAGCACAUAUACUAGGCCAUUCAUAACAACGGCGAUUCCUCCAGGUUGUAUAAGAGUACAUCCUACGCCUACCCAGCCCGGGUCCAUAUGCAAGUGCAAAUCAUGGCAUCAGGUUAAUUCAGAGGAUACGUGCGCGAAUAUCGAGGCGCGGUAUAAGAUAACAGCGGAGCAGUUUAAUAAAUGGAACCCGCUGGUCGGACCUAUGUCCUACUCCGCGAGGGACAAGGCGCAGCAUUAUGCGGAGCAGGACGACCAGGAAUUCCGGAUCCUCGGCACCUCCGUCUAA